AUGCCUCCUAAACGCUCAACACGUGUAGUGUCUGGAGCUUCCACAACUUCCACUAGAUCUUCUCGGGCACGGAAACUUGCGGUCCCUUCACCAUCACCUUCCGACGGUUCUCCUGCCAAGGAUCACGCUCAAGAUUCAGAUGACGAGUCUGAACAAGAUGUCAAACCGAAUACCAGGAGGAGUACUGGAAAGGGGAAGACGGCUGUGAAAGCGGAGCCACGAAGGACUGCCAAGCCUGUUCCAACAGCUCGGGAUGAAGAAUCAGAUCAAGAUGAGGAAGAGGAAGAGCAGGACGACGAGGUACAUGUCAAAAUAGAGAAACCGUCUUCAUCUGACAUUGAUUUUACCCCUUCCAAAUCCGGUCCGUCUAUAGCUGCCAGUCGAUCAAAGAAUGAAGAAGAUCAAUCUGCCCAAGAUGCCGAAGAUGCGGAUGCUACCAUCACCCUCCCCUCCCCUCCCAAAAUCGACGAUGAUGUACCUUCAACUCCCCAGACGCCAACAGCCCCACGUGUUGUACCUAUCCCUAUGACCGCACCUGCCCCACCGCCGCCAGCACCGACGGGUCCGAAACCUAGAUUGACCAUCCACAAGCUGGUGCUGGUGAAUUUCAAAUCAUACGCUGGAAGACAAGAAAUAGGACCGUUUCAUAAGUCUUUCAGUGCCAUUGUGGGUCCGAACGGGAGUGGAAAGAGUAAUACCAUCGACGCUUUGUUGUUUGUAUUCGGCUACAGAGCGAGUAAGAUGCGACAAGGAAAGUUGAGCGAGUUGAUACACAAUUCCGCUGGUAAGGAGGGUUUGGAAAGCUGUUCCGUGGAAGUGUGGUUUCGUGAAAUUGUCGAUCUGCCAGGAGUUGACAACUUCUUGUUGGUACCAAACUCACAAUUGGUUGUGACCAGGACGGCAUAUAGGAACAACUCGUCAAAGUAUACGAUCAACGAUAAGACUUCUUCAUUCACAGAAGUCACUUCACUUCUCAAAGGCAAAGGUAUCGAUCUGGACCAUAAUCGUUUCCUCAUCCUUCAGGGCGAAGUCGAGUCUAUCGCGCAGAUGAAAGCAAAGGCGCAGAACGAGCAUGAGGAUGGCUUGUUAGAGUAUCUGGAAGACAUCAUAGGUACCACGAAAUACAAACAACCUAUUGAAGAUGCCAAUCUUGAAGUUGAGUCCCUCAACGAGCAAAGAGGAGAGAAGAUGAAUCGACUUAGGGUUGUGGAGCGAGAAAAGGCGGCUUUGGAGGCGACGGAGGCGUUUCUGAAAGACUCAAACGAGUUGACGAGGAAAAAGAGUCUCUUGUGGCAGUAUCACAUGUAUACUCUUACGAACAACAUCGAGAUCACCUCCAAGGCAAUCGAAUCCUUGACAGCUGAUUUGAGUCAAGAGCAAGAGCGUAACGCUGGUCAUCUGGCAGAAAUCGACAGUUUGCAAAAGGAAUACGACGAGAAACUCGCGACUUUCGAGCAAGUGAAGAAGUUCACUGAUGACCUCGUGAAAGAGUCUAAAAAGUUCGAGAAGGAAGAAGUCGGUCUUCAAGAAAAGAAAAAACAUCUCGUUUCAAAGCAGAAAAAGUUCAAAAAGUCGAUUACUGAAGAUGGGCAUGCUCGAUCGGAGGCGUUAUCCACUAUCGACAAUCUGUCUAGUGAACUGGAGAAGAAUCGGGUGAAAGUUGCCGAUUUGGAGAAGAAGCUUGUCACGGAAGAAGCUGAAUUAGAUGAAGUCCGAGAGAGUCUCAAAGAUAAGACUGAAGGGUUCACCUCUCAGAUCGAAAUCAAACAACGAGAGCUAGAACCUUGGACUGCCAAGAUUAGCGAGAAACAAUCUCUCAUCGAUGUAGCGACUUCCGAGAGAGAUCUCCUCACUCAAAAAGCUUCUGGGAUGCAAUCAGCACUGGACGAAGCUAAAGUGAACCUUGAAAAACUACGAGGAAGUGAUGCUUCGAAACAACAAGAAUACGCUGCUUUACAAAAAGAAGUGAUUCGAGUUCAACAACAAUUAUCAGAUGCAGAGAAAGCUGCGGCUGGUACUUCCGCCAAAGGAGAACAAUUACGUUCAAAGCUUUCUUCAUGUCGACAAAGAGCGGACGAAGCCAAAGCGUCUUUAGCAGCGGAUAAAUCGGAAAACGCCGUUCUGAACAGUUUGAACAAGCUCAAGACUCAAGGUCGGAUCAAAGGCUUUCAUGGUCGCCUAGGCGAUUUAGGUGUGAUCGAUGAUAAAUACGACGUGGCAGUCACAACCGCAUGUUCUGCUUUAAACAACUUAGUCGUAGAUACUGUCGAACAAGGUCAAGCGUGUAUCGAACAUUUACGCAAAGGUAAUGUUGGAAGAGCUUCUUUUAUGGUAUUGGACAAAUUACCACCAAGAGAUUUAGGUAGGAUAGAAACUCCUGAAAACGUUCCUAGACUAUUCGAUCUUAUCAAACCUAAAGACCCAAAGUUCGCUCCUGCUUUCUUCAAGGGAGUGUUCAAUACUCUCGUAGCGGAAGAUCUGGCACAAGCCCAGAGGAUAGGGUAUGGAAAGAAAAGAUGGAGAGUCGUGACUUUAGCAGGACAAUUGAUAGAUCCUUCUGGUACCAUGUCAGGUGGUGGUACAAAGGUUUCAAGAGGAGGAAUGAGUAGUAAGUUUGUGGGUGAUAAAGUUGCGCCUGAAGUAGUGGCGAGAUACGAACAGGAAAGUGUUCAAGCGGAACAGGAAUUGUCGGCUUUCCAAGCGGAAAAGAAAGCUGCAGAGGCGGAGGUGACGAGGUUGAAGAAGAGAGUACCGGAGAUGGAGAUAGCUAUCGAAAAAAUGGAACUGGAUGUGCAAACAGGUUCGAAGAGGAUUGCCGAGGCUGAGAAACGUUUGUCCGAACUCAAAUCUCAAAGCAAACCCGACGCUGAAGAUGAAAAACGUAUCAAAACUCUCAAUUCCGAAAUCACUUCAUUAUCAAAAGAAAUCGAUAAACUACGUGAAAAAUCAUCAGGUAUAUCUGAUCAAAUAAAAUCACUCCAAAAUCAAAUCCUCGAAGUUGGUGGUGUUCGUCUCCGAGCUAUCCAAUCGAAAGUCUCCAUAACUAAAGGAUUGGUAGAUUUAGCCAACGAAGCAAUAACCAAAGCAGAAGUCAAUCAAGCUAAAUCUCAACGUGAUGCGGAGAAAUUGGAAAAGACCAUCUUGUCGAAUCAAGAGAAACUCAAGGAAGUUGAAACGGAAUUAUCUGUUGUCGAAGGGGAUUUACAAGCUGUUUCUGCUGAUUUGAACGUUAUAAGGGAUAAAGUUCAAGAAGCACAAGAUUCAAGUACAGAUGUUCAAGAAGCUUUAUCUGCUAGUAAAUUGGAAUUAGAUGAGAAAUCAGCUGAUAUAAACGCUUUCAGGACUCUUGAGAUGGACUAUAAACAGAAGAUUGAAGACAAUUCAAGAAUACAAAAAGAUAGUAAAGAUAAGUUGAAACAUUGGAAAAAGAGACAUGAAGAAUUGGAAUUGGCUUAUAUUGAUGAGGAAGAUGAAGAUGAUGAAAUCAUUGAAGAACAGACUGUUGAAGAUAGAGAGGGAGAAAUUGUCAAAGGUGAGAAGAAGGAGAAUGAUGAAGGGAAAUCCAAAUCGAAGAAAGAUUCUUUUGAAUUGGUCGAAUAUUCUUCAGACGAAUUACGAUCGGUAGAUAAAGAAAUGCUCACUGCGGAAAUUACUGCUUUGGAAGAAGAAGUAACAAAAGCUAAACCUAACCUCAACGUUUUGGCAGAUUAUCGUAAACGUGAAACAGAGUUUUUAGAUAGAGCAAAAGAUAUGGAAAUCGUAACUACCGCUAGGGAUAAUGCGAAGAAACGUUAUGAUGAAUUGAGGAAAGUUAGAUUGGAGGAGUUUAUGGCUGGUUUUACUGCCAUUAGUGCGAAACUUAAAGAGAUGUAUCAAAUGAUCACCAUGGGAGGGAACGCCGAAAUAGAGUUGAUAGAUUCUAUGGACCCUUUUUCCGAAGGCGUAGUACUAUCAAUCAUGCCCCCAAAGAAAUCAUGGAGAGCCAUAGCAAAUUUAUCUGGUGGAGAAAAAACUCUAGCUUCACUCGCAUUAGUCUUCGCAUUACAUGUCUUCAAACCUACCCCUUUAUACUUUAUGGACGAAAUUGACGCCGCAUUGGAUUUCAAGAAUGUUAGUAUUGUGGCGAAUUAUAUUCAAAGUAAAACUCAAGCUGCGCAAUUUAUCGUGAUUUCUUUAAGGAAUGAUAUGUUCGAAUUAGCACAUCGAUUAGUUGGCAUUUACAAGACUUCCAAUUGUACAAAGAGUAUAGCUAUCGACAACAAAGAUCUUCGAUCUCAAGCUUUACCUAAACGACGUGUAAUGCCAUCAGAUCCCAAUAGACAUAAUGUCAGCGCUGCCCCUACACCAGCCAAGAGUAUACCCAGUUCGACCCCUUUACCACAACGUAUCGCUGUGUAG